GCGGCAGCCCCUGUGGGCGCCUGUCGCCUUCCUCCGCCCGCGAUUGCCGGGCCCCCCCCUUCGAGGGUACGCUUGGUACGGCCCGCGCCGCCUCCUUUCCUCGCCGGGGUGGCCCGUCCCCCUCCCCCCAGUCGGCGGUGCUUGGUGCCGCCCGGGAGAACCAGGUCAUCGGUCGGUUCCCGUGAAAACAAAAACAAUCGGCCGCGCAGCCGCGGGCACUCGAACGCCGCGAGCGGGGCCCGGGGACGCGGGGCCGGGUGGAGGGAGCGAACGGGGGCGGCGGCGACACGCUGGGGGGCGAGGGCGCCAUGGGGCAGGCGGGCUCCUGCUGCGCGGGGCUCCCCCGGCGCCGCGGCUAGUGCGCACGCCGCCUUGGCCGCCUCAGCCGCCCGCGCCGCCCGCCUGGGGGACGAAGAGCAGGACGCGGCCUCGGCAGGGCCCGGGCCGAACGUCUGCGGACACCCGGGCGCCGGGGAGCCGAGCGCCGCCUCCGGCAUGGAUCAAUGCGUGACGGUGGAGCGCGAGCUGGAGAAGGUGCUGCACAAGUUCUCGGGCUACGGGCAGCUGUGCGAGCGCGGCCUGGAGGAGCUCAUCGACUACACCGGCGGCCUCAAGCACGAGAUCCUGCAGAGCCAGGGCCAAGAUGCUGAAUUAUCAGGGACACUUUCACUUGUUUUGACACAGUGCUGUAAAAGAAUAAAGGAUACCGUUCAAAAAUUGGCCUCGGACCACAAAGACAUCCACAGCAGUGUUUCUCGUGUUGGAAAAGCCAUUGAUAAGAAUUUUGAUUCUGACAUUAGCAGUGUGGGAAUAGAUGGCUGCUGGCAGGCAGACAGCCAAAGACUUCUCAAUGAGGUGAUGGUGGAGCACUUCUUUCGACAAGGAAUGCUGGAUGUAGCUGAGGAGCUCUGUCAGGAAUCUGGUCUUUCUGUAGACCCAAGUCAGAAAGAACCAUUUGUGGAGUUAAAUAGAAUAUUAGAGGCAUUAAAGGUCAGAGUUCUGAGACCUGCUCUCGAGUGGGCAGUAUCAAACCGGGAAAUGCUUAUAGCUCAAAACAGCUCCUUGGAAUUUAAGCUACACAGACUGUAUUUUAUUAGCCUGUUAAUGGGUGGAACCACAAAUCAGCGAGAGGCAUUACAAUAUGCUAAAAAUUUUCAGCCAUUUGCCCUAAAUCAUCAAAAAGACAUUCAGGUUUUGAUGGGAAGCCUUGUGUAUCUGAGACAAGGGAUUGAGAACUCACCAUAUGUUCACCUACUUGAUGCCAACCAGUGGGCUGAUAUCUGUGACAUCUUUACACGGGAUGCUUGUGCCCUCCUGGGGCUCUCCGUGGAGUCCCCUCUCAGUGUCAGUUUCUCAGCAGGUUGUGUGGCGCUGCCAGCUUUAAUUAACAUCAAAGCUGUGAUUGAACAAAGACAGUGCACUGGAGUUUGGAACCAGAAAGAUGAAUUACCUAUUGAAGUGGACCUUGGUAAAAAGUGCUGGUAUCACUCUAUAUUUGCCUGCCCCAUUCUUCGUCAGCAAACAACAGAUAACAAUCCACCCAUGAAAUUGGUCUGUGGUCAUAUUAUAUCAAGAGAUGCCCUGAAUAAAAUGUUUAAUGGUAGCAAAUUAAAAUGUCCAUACUGUCCAAUGGAACAAAGCCCAGGAGAUGCCAAACAGAUAUUUUUCUGAAGAGAUAACUUUAGUUUGCAAUUUGAAGAAAGCUGUGAUAGAUUCCAGAUUUGCUUUUUGAUGUUUUCCUCUGCUCCAGCUCCAAGAAGUCAGCACACCUGCAUUUUAGCUCUGCAUGCAGCCCCAGCAGGCUGUGUGUUAAAAAUUUCAUUGUUUAACCAGCUGGUGUGAGAAGUCUUCCGUUAGAGUAGAAGGAGUACUAUUAUUUGUUUUUUUGUUUUUUUUUGCUUUAUUGCCAAGAGGUGCUUGUUUUAAAAGUAUGUUUAAUAAAAUGAAAUUCUAAAGUUAGAGGUGUUCUUAAGUUGAUAUUUGCUCUCUUGGUCCUGGUAGCCCUGUUAUAUCAUUGCAGACACAGUGUUGUGCAUGUGUGUAUAUAUGUGCACCAGCAUCAAACAUUGUGUAUCUGGAAGGAAAGCAGCAUGUUCCAGUUCUAAAAUGCAGUUACCAGACCCACCACUUUAAAUCUUUAAAGUUAGAAGCUAGCAAAUUUUCUGUAGUACAGAAUGUUUAUUGCUGUUUUUGUGUUUGAAUAGUAUAAUGUUCGAUGCCUCUCUUCAGCAAAGUGUAUCAUUUCAUUACUGUGAAUCUGUAUAUUAAUCUAAUGGAUACAGAUAAUGAUCUUUUCUCUUGUGAGGUAUCUUCAUUUAAUGUACUGUCCAGAAAUAGCCAUGUGUAAGAGUCUCUCUGUAUGAUGAACCACAUGGAAAAGACUUCUGUGGACAUAAUUCUGACUUAAGCCCAUGAAGUUACUUCAUUAUAAGAAGAAUGUUACAUGGAAAUCACCAAAUAUUUCGUGACUUUAUUUCAUCUGACAUGGAGUGAAUAUCAAUAGGAAUACUUUCAUAAGAAAAUGAAAAAAGAAAACAGAAGCAAAGAGAAAUGUUGCGCUUCACAUUUUAAACUACAAAUGGACUUAGUCUGAGGGAGGGCAAUCACAGAUUUGGUGCUAAUUAGAAACUGGCAGCAUUUACAGUAGUACACCAGCCUGGAUGUUUUUUUCUGAACUGUUUACCUGGGAGAGCUGGGAUUUGUUUGUGAAGCGAAAGAGUGCUGCGGAAAAGCUCUGUUUGCAUACUGUGUAGCUAGGCCUAUGUGGAUGGCUACUGCUUGCUAUGUGGGUUCUCCAGCAGUUGGGAUUGGCCUAGCUCAGAGUGCUUGUCUGGUCCAACCUCAGUCUGGCCCCAUAGCGACUUUUGCCCCAUGAUUCUGCUUCACUGUUGGAAUCCUCUUUGAAGUUCCCCCUCUCUUUACUAAAGCAGUGAAGGAAGAGAACAGAGACAAACUCUGGACUGUGAAAGAGAAGGUAGAGAAUUCCAGGCAACAGUCUGACUAAGGGUGUAAACCAGUUUAUUAUACAUAUAUAUAUAUAUUUUUCCCUUUGAAUUAAAACCUAGAGUAUUGUUUUUUUUGUUUUUGUUUUUUACCCUUUCCUCCCUAGGCCAAGGUUAGCUUAUUCUCAUCUUUCCACCCCAUAUACCUACACAACAUUUAGGCUUCAUAUAAGGUUUGAAUGAGACAGAUGUACUCUGAAGGCUGGUGGUAAAUGUGUUUGGUGACCGAACACUUCAUACAGUUGGCUUGGGCCACUUUUAAGGACAAAAGCCAGAGCUCAGCUUUAUCCCUCUCCUAAUGUUGGGAGUCAAAAAACUGUUGACAGUUUUCUUGUGCAGCUCAUGAAAACUUUAAAAAGAACAUGCUUUAACUGAAGCAUUUGACUUUGCUGCUUUCUGUGUAAGGUCCUUGUACUCACCCUGGGCAGGGUGAGGGCCAAAAAAUCUGCAACUCAUGAAUCUGACAAUUUUACGUAGAAAUUAUGUCUUGUGACCAUCCCUAAGUGCAUAGAUCUAAAAUUCAUGAGAGACUAAAUGGGAGGGAGAGGUGGAUUUAAAGAGGCCAGACCUUAACCAAAGAUGCUGAGAUAUAGCAUUCUGUCCUCCCUACCCUAGAAACUCCGUCAUAAAUGCUGUCACGACUCUUUCAUCGCUGAUGCUUUCUGCAUGUCAGCAGUACAGGAGGAUGCUUUUUGUCUCUCUUUGCCUCCGCUUAAAAAAGAUAAUGACAGAGGCAAGAUUUUAACAGUCACAUUUAAUUAUAAGGUACAUCGAAGACAGAAUUUCAGAAUGGUUUCUAAAAUUUUCUUGGGAACUGUUUCCACAUAUCAGUUAUAGACAAAGGCCAUGAGACUAUGCUACACCAAUAAAACCUUAUUAGCAAGUCUUCAGAAUCUGACUUAGCCAGAGCAUCUGAGUGUUCAAGUACAGUUGUAUAGUGGCUAAGGUUGUCUCUUGAUCUUUUUUCUCUGUUGUGUGAUCAUCACAGAUGCUAUUUCCGUUGUUUUAUUGGUGAUUAUAUGAGACUUCUAAUACAUAAAUGAACGGGUAUUGGUGCCUCUUUAUUUUAAAAAUUUUGAAGAAAAGAGCCACCUCAUAUUCAUAGGGUGUGUAUUUUUUGAGUGUGUGAACAUUUAAUUGAAAAUAAGAAAGUUAUGAAGUAAAUCUUAACUUUUCUGUAGCAGCUAAUGUAUACAGAGACACUAAAACCUACACCACAUUUUGUGGGGAAUGAGGAUCCUCUUUUGUCCUCUCCAGGUAGUCCCGCAGGUUAGGCAGCUUAAGUUCAGUGUUCUUUAUGCUGUGAAUGAUUUCCACCUCCGUGGCUUAGCCUUUGGGACAGUGGACACUGCAGCAACCAAGAACUCUUGGUUAACCGCACAAAACAAGCUGCUGGUAGACUACAUUAGCCCUCUGGUUUUCCAGCUCAACCUCUGAUAAAGUGGACUGACAGCCACGCUGCUCAGUCUGUUUAGUCAGCCGACUCAGGUUAUUUUCAGGGAAGGCAUGGAGGCAUAGUUUGGUUAGUUUCAUCACUAUGAUGCAUAAGGUGACGACACAAACCAAAUACCUUUCAUCACUUAACUAUACGUACGUUAUCUCUGGUAACACUAGAAUGCUGUGGUCUUGAGGGAAUGUUAGCAAGGAACACAUAGAAGAUUUGGUGUUUCAUAAGCCUGUCUAGCUGCAACAGGCUUUGUGUGGUACACUGAUGUUUACCAUAAGCCGGUACAAGCUUCAUGAACCGUUCUUAAUGAACUACAAUUGAAUAGAUACCAAAAAUAGAAUGACAAAUGUAUUUUAAUAGCAGACGAGGCAGUUAGUUUUAGGAUGAAUUUUCCACUGUUGAUUUUACUUCAAGACAUAGCAAGAGACAUAAAAUUUUGUUUUCAAGACAUUUCCACUACAGUUUCAAGCUGUAGUGGGCAUAUGCUUCAUUUACUUCCAAAGAGGCAAGAGCAGCUGGAAUUGGCUUACAGCACAUGCUUUGUUUCAUGUUGUGGGUGAGGACCUACAUACAUUCUUAUUUUAACAGUCACUUAACCUUCUCCAGCAAGGCAGUUGUGGGGUUCACUAGGAUUUAGUGCCUGAUCUUUUCUUUGGGAAGGGGGUGGGAAUGAAUGUGUUGGGGCUGGGAGGGAAGCAGAAGAAAAUGGGAGCGUGAGUGAGUGUGCAUGUGUCUGAAAUUCACCAUUGCCCCCACCUGUACCUAGCAAGGAACUAGGUGUUUGAUGUAUUUUGCUCAUGACUGCAGUAUGCAUGUAUUUUUUUCCUUUUCUGUGUUUUCUAAACUUACACUAAAGGAUUCAUCAAAUCAUCUUGUUCAGAUGGCUCAGGAUUGUAUUUAUUUUGCUUACCCUGUGCUCUUGGGUUCUAUAGUAUUUCUAUAAUUAUGUAAUGAGAAUAGUGUUGCACUGUAAUCUAUCAUAUAGAGCUAUAUGUAUGGAAAAUUUUGAUCAAUUUUUUACGAAAUGUAUCCUGUUUGCAAAGGCACAAUAAAGUUGCAUCUUAUAGACUAUAGGCAAUAAAGCUAACAAUAAACCUUAUUUAACACAAACCACAUCCAUAUCCUCUGUUCAUUUGAUUUUGGAAAAAGUCUAGCAUAUCUGGUAGUUUCAGGGAAUUCAUUUUAACUUUAAGAAUUCUGAUAUAUUUAAUUUAUAAAUUUCUGACUGAUAACAGAGUUUUGGAAAACUAUAAGAAAUGCUUUGUUAAUGUGUGUAUUCCUAUGUAAAACACAUGGCUUCUCCUGUGUAUAUUUUUAAAAAUUAAAGAAAUGCACAUUUAAAAAGUG